AGAUUGACAAAACUUAUGUUUACCAUUUUUAUCUGAAUCUUGCCUUUGUUAUUUGGAAAAAAAACUUGCUUUAUAUUUUUUAUUUUCAAUUUAAUUUAAUGUAGCAUUACGUCAAUGGUUCAACAAUAAUCCGGCACUAAAUCUGGACCCGAUCCAUAAGGCUUCACAGGAGUCGGGACUCGGAAAAGUAUAUCACUACGCAUUAGAUAGCUUGGAGAAGAGGGGAACAUUUUUUUGCAAAUUAGGAUCGGUGCUAAAUGAUUCUUCAAGAAAUGCAGAAAGCUAUAGGUGCUUACAGGGAAGUGCUGAGGCUGGUGAGGCGACUUCCCAAGGACUCACGACCUUACUACGCAAAAUACGCCCGAGAAAACUUCGUCAACUACAGAGAAAUCGACUCAAAUGAUCCAAAUGCUCUCCAAGAACUCCUUCAACGAACUUACAAUCAUUCCCUCUGGGUCCUCAAAAAGUAUUCGGUUGACCAAUCUGCGGCGGAUCGCUUGAAAAAUAUAUGCUCUGACUGAUGUCCGGCUUGUCUACCAACUGUUUGUUACUAUUUCACAAAGAGAUUUGUUCGUUUGUUGCUCUUUCUUUCUUGCUUGUACUUUAAAUUGGGAUAUUCAUAGACAAUUGGUAUACAGUUUCUGAUACUUCAUAAUCUUGUGUUUCUGAUAUUAGGAUACAGAAGGCGGUAGCUUUUGCAAUGUAGUUAAGUUCUGAAAAUAACUGUUCAAAAUAGAAUUCAUGAGAAAUAACUACGUAAUUUUUAGUAAAGUAUCUUUUUAUUUUUGAA